UCUCCCUCCACUCUUCUCUCUUGGCCCGAUGCCGCCGGUAAACAACCACGCCGUCCUUCGCUUCCUCCCCUCCUCCGUUCUCGUCCUCCUUGUCCUCCUCCUCACCACCUACGUUGACUUCUCCUCCCUCUCAUCUCACUUCGGCUUCUCUUCCUCCUCCUUCGCUGCGGCCACCAGGACCAUCGCCGACCCCGGCCCUGCCCCCGCCCCAGCCCUCGCCGACAACGUUGGGAGGCUCGCGGAGCCGCUCCCCGACACCACCCCUACCCCUGACCAUCCGCCCGAGACCUUCACUGACCUCGCCGCCGCGUUCGCGAGAUGGGACGAGGAGGUGGGCUGCGAUCGGUUCCGGGAGAAGCACGGUUACAGUAACUGGACCGCGGACCCGUCGGCGAUCCAGGACGCGGAGGCCGGCGACUGCUCAAGCCUCGGCGCCAGGCACGUCAGCAUUCUGGUGAAGGGGUGGAGUUGGAUCCCGGACGAGAUGGAUGAUCUGUACUCGUGCCGGUGCGGGAUGACCUGCCUCUGGACCAAAUCCGAAGCCCUAGCCGACAAGCCCGACGCCGUGUUCUUCGAGUGGGAUUCGCCUCCGAAGACGAGGCAAAAGGGUGAACCGCUUCGAGUGUAUAUGGAUAUCGAACCCACUAGGAAACGAUCAGGAUAUGAAGACAUAUUUGUUGGUUAUCAUGCCAAGGAUGAUGUGCAGUGCACAUACCCUGCUUCCCUUAUUCAUAAAUCCCGGAAUUACCAUGUCUCCUCUAAGAAACGAAGCGACAUCCUUGUCUACUGGUCUUCUUCGCGGUGUUUCCAGUUCCGAAACGAACUUGCUGAGAAGUUUUUUGCCCACAUCUCCCAUCAUUCUUUUGGAGGUUGUGUGAAUAAUGUAGGGGGUAGUGAUGCAGCACUUUCCUUCUACCCCGAGUGCAAAAUGGAGCUGGUCGCCAAACAACACUGGUGGGGGCACGUACACUGUGCCAUGUCGCAUUACAAGUUUGUCCUCGCCAUUGAAAACACCAAGACGGACAGCUACAUCACCGAGAAGCUCUACUAUGCUCUUGAUGCUGGUGCAGUGCCCAUCUACUUUGGGGCACCGGAUGUCGAAAGCUUCGUCCCUCCGCAUUCUAUCAUUGAUGGAUCCAAGUUUGACUCCAUGGAAGCGCUGGCUUCGUAUGUGAAGGCUGUGGCAGAUGACCCCAUUGCCUAUGCAGAGUACCAUGCUUGGAGGAGGUGCGGUGUGAUGGGUUACUACAGGAAGAACCGUGCCACCAGCCUCGAUGCGCUGCCGUGCCGGCUGUGCGAGUAUGUGAGCCGGAAAGGCGGAAGAGAUGCUGCGUGAUGGCAAAGUAGGAACUUGUAAACAUCAAAUGAUCAAGUCAAUUUAGCUGUAAGGAAGUUUGGAUGUUAUGGCAAUAUUUACAUGAAUUCUAUUCUUGAAA